AUGGUAUCAGAGAGUAACGCUGCAGCUUGCAAGGAUGCCCAGCCCGGCUACUUCGCGACUGGGCCCGGCGCGACGUCGGAGACAACCUGCUCGCCCGGCUACUACAGCACCGGUCUCGCAGCCCAAUGCACGAUAUGCCCAGCUGGUACGCACUGCAACGGGAGUGGCAACACUCGGCCGCAGGCGUGUGAGCCUGGCAGAUUCUCGGCAAGCCCUGGAGCGAGUCAGGAUUGCAGCUUGUGUCGGGCGGGGACGUUUAGCAAUGUCACCGGCGCAACAUCUUGUUGUUCAUGCUGCUCAGGGUGGUACAAUGACCAAGCGGGCCAGACACACUGCUUCAGCUGCCCCAACCGCGGUUCCUUCCAACAGGGCUGGUCUCCGAUUGGAGCAAUCAGCGCAAGCGAUUGUACCGCCGCCGUGGGGGCCAUGCAUUCCUGCAACCAUGACGGUGAUAAAUGCCCUCGAACCGGAGGAUCAAGCCCGUCAAGCGGUGCCUACAAACGUUCUCCGCCGCAGCGCAAGCAGACACUCAAGUGUCCGUCGGGGCACAAGAAAUGUCCGGUGUACGGCAUGAUCUACGGCGCAGGAUACACACGUUCGUAUGAGUGCGUCGAUACACAGAACGACUUGGAGUCGUGCGGCGGCUGUGUCGAUGGGGACUCGUGGAACGGCGAACCCAGCGCCGCGGGUGGGCGGGAUUGCAGCGCUAUUCCGAACGUGGACAGUGUACGAUGUGCCAAAGGCCAGUGUAUAAUCGGUGAGUUGCUCUAUGUCGGUGAGGGUGCAGUCUCUGAUGAUCCUUGUCCCCAGAACAGUGUAAACGGGGAUACGCGAUCACUAGCGACAGCCUGA